UAAUCGCGUCUCUGCCUGUCUGUGUGUGUUUGUGUUGGAGGUCUGGUUCAGGCUGCCUUGUCAGCUUCACACUUUGUAUGUAUCAAUGCAGGGCAAUGGGCAUCUUGCAAACAUGGCUAAGAACGCAACCGCUUUCACGAUCGUGUUGUGGGCUGUGCUGCUUGGGACCUGCACCGGCCUGAGAUGUAACUGCACGCAAUGCGACAGGACGGAUUUCCAGUGCGAAACGGACGGGGCGUGCAUGGCCUCCACCUCCUACAUCAACGGGGUAGAGCACCACGUGCGCAUGUGCAUCCCAGCCAGGGAGCUGGAGCCUGCCGGCCAGCCCAUCUACUGCCUGAGCGCCAAGGACCUGCGAAACACCCACUGCUGCUACACGGACUUCUGCAACAACGUGGACCCGGGCCGGCCCAGCGGCACCCCCAGUGGGUUUGGCUACACGCCCUCCGGCUGGGGCCCGGUGGAGCUGGCCGUGGUGAUCGCCGGCCCUGUGUUCCUGCUCUGCGUGAUCCUCAUCGUGGCCGUCUUCCUGUUCCAGCACCACCAGCGCGUUUACCACAACCGGCAGCGACUCGAGGCGGAGGAGCCCUCCUGCGACCACCUGUACCUGGCCAAGGACAAGACCCUGCAGGACCUGAUCUUCGACCUGUCUACCUCGGGGUCCGGCUCCGGCCUCCCCCUGUUUGUGCAGCGCACAGUGGCCCGGACCAUCGUUCUGCAGGAGAUCAUAGGGAAGGGUCGCUUCGGGGAGGUGUGGAGAGGGAAGUGGCGCGGAGGCGACGUGGCCGUGAAGAUCUUCUCCUCCCGGGAGGAGCGCUCCUGGUUCAGAGAGGCUGAGAUCUACCAGACCAUCAUGCUGCGGCACGAGAACAUCCUGGGCUUCAUCGCCGCCGACAACAAGGACAACGGGACCUGGACUCAGCUGUGGCUGGUGUCAGACUACCAUGAGUACGGCUCCCUCUUUGACUACCUGAACCGCUACUCCGUGACCAUUGAGGGCAUGAUCAAGCUGGCCCUGUCCGCAGCCAGUGGCCUGGCCCACCUGCACAUGGAGAUCGUCGGCACGCAAGGUAAGCCUGGUAUUGCACACAGAGACCUGAAGUCCAAGAACAUCCUGGUGAAGAAGAACGGCAUGUGUGCCAUCGCGGACCUGGGGCUGGCAGUGCGGCACGACUCUGUGACCGACACCAUCGACAUCGCACCCAACCAGCGCGUCGGCACCAAGAGGUACAUGGCCCCUGAGGUUCUGGACGAGACGAUCAACAUGAAGCACUUCGACUCGUUCAAGUGUGCGGAUAUCUACGCUCUGGGCCUGGUCUACUGGGAGAUCGCUCGCCGGUGCAGUGCGGGAGGAAUCCAUGAAGAGUACCAGCUCCCAUACUACGAGCUGGUGCCCUCUGACCCCUCCAUCGAAGAGAUGCGCAAGGUCGUGUGUGACCAGAAACUGCGGCCCACCGUUCCCAACUGGUGGCAGAGCUACGAGGCGCUGAAGGUGAUGGGGAAGAUCAUGAGGGAGUGCUGGUACUCGAAUGGGGCGGCCAGACUCACGGCUCUGCGGAUCAAGAAGACCCUCUCCCACCUCAGCGUUCUGGAAGACGUCAAGAUCUGAACGACCAACGAAAACCAGACAAAAAAUCACCCAAACAAAAAAAAAAUAGCACGACGAAACAAAAAUAAAACCUGCCAGUCAAGCCACAAGAGACAAAGGCCUACCUCACCUUUUUAGCCGAAACUACUGAUAUUUUUAAAAAACGUUCCCCCCCCUCUGUCCACUGUUCCCUCUGACCAAGGACUGGGUAAGCCGGACUGAAACUCGUGGUUCUGUUGGCAGUUAAAAAAAGUGUACAGUUUUGUGACACAAAUAUCACACAGACAAACUGACUAAUGUGCAAUGUAUUUGACCCACUAAACACCUGUGUGUGUAAAUGAUGUGAACGAGGACAAGGAUGUGAUAUUUCAUUAUCUUUAAAAUAAUAUUUUAGGCUGUUCAGCCACGCUGUAACUAGAGCUAAUGUGAAAUCUGUGAAUUGAGGGGGGGAGAGGGAGGGACGGAGGGGUGUUUAUAGCAAGCGUUAGCAAACAGAACGUUACUGUCUUCUCUUUCUUUCAAACCCACCACUGUCAGAUUUCAGUAAAUGUGCUUUUAGAAGAAGCCUCCGUCCCUGUUGGGGUUUUUGUUUUGUUUUAUUUCUGUUUACCUGCGUUUUGAAGGCUUUCAAUUCGUUUUCUGGGGAACUAUAAAAAGGAAUCUGCACGGACUCCCAGCACCCCGAACCCUAACCCUGGUCGAACGCUAGCGCUUCCACGAGGUGCCCGGCUGGGUUUUUAACUUUGUCAAUCCCACUUUGGUGGCUUCAUACGUCUGCUUUCUUGUUGUUGUUCAUGGAAUGUCUUGAAAUUGCAGCUUGCAAGGAUCUGAAAGGGAAAUGUGAUUUUUGUUUUGUUUGCACACCUUUUAAUUUGCAGAGGGCAGCGGUACUGGUAAGAAAUGAUUCUGCGAUUCACGAUGCCUCCCUUUCCUCUGCUCUGAAUACACUUGAAUUGUCUUUGUAAAUUAACAGAGAGAACUCGCUUUGACUGUUUAAAAGGGAAGACUUCAUCUUAAAGGCAGUUAAUGUAGACAAAUUGAACUCAAACUGCAAAACAAACCAUCUAACAAGCCAUAACCGUGGAUCAGAUUGCAGUCGUUUGAGGAGGGAAGGGCAUGUUUUUAAUGUAUUUUAUUUUUGUAAGUUGUAAUAUAUGAAUACCUCGAAUCCUUUAUAGAGGAGUUACACUGGAUUGUCUCUUUGUUUCUUUGUACUGUUAUGUACGUUUUGAUGGCUGUAUAAUUAAUGAUUAUUACAAUUAAAUUGGGUUUCUUAGAAUCUGAUUUCUUCAUCUUGGCUGCAAAAGAGGAAACAAAGAAAGACAACUGCUAGAUGAAAUCAUUACUGACAGCAACCCUCUCAAAUGAUUUCUUCUGGAAUUGUGUGGAAAGUGCAUUUUUAUGCAUCUUUUUUCAACACAACCUGUGUUGAAAUGGCUUGUGGUGUUUUUUUUUUUUGUGUGUGUGUAUUUUGAUAUGUAUAGACACUGGUGUUGUGUUUUGUUAGCUGGAAAUCCCAAACUGCACUACUAAUAUAAACACUGUAUAUGCUGUGGUUUCAGUCUGAGCAGGACUGCUGGAGAUCACUGGAUGUGGUUACAGAUAUGUGGGGAUUGCCACAGGCUGAUCUGCUUUGCACUUUGAAUCACAGGUGCUGUUGGAGAAUCCUUUGCAUUGCAGAUUGCCUGAAGGCUGCUGAUCUGCAUGCUUUCAGGCUGUGUUCGGCUGCAGGUAUUCUCAGCACCGAUAGCGCUGAUCCUCAAAGCUUUUGGCCACGGGGUGCAUGUGUGCGUUUGGCAGGCAGUCAGGGGGGUUUCUGUGAUGUUUAACUGCUGAUUCCAAAAUGGGAAAUUUAAUUCAAAGGCUGAUUUAUCAAAUUGAAAAGGCAGAGCGAGCGACAGAGCACAGAGUAAGUAGAUUGUAAUCAGGGCCGGGGGCCAAUUCCUGUUCAAUUCAAAAUCCAUUCCCAAUUUCAAUUCUCAUUCCCUUUCAAUCAAUUCCAACACAUCAUUGAUCAAAACUGCAGUUAGCAGCAUUCUGUUAAAAUGAGCUUCUCACAGAGAGUGGCAACACGACUUCACUUGAAGUCCCUGUUAGUUGGUCAACUGAAAUUGGCUUGAAAUGAAAGCAGUUAAUCAAUCACAUGAAUUGUGUCCUAAAAUAUCAAUUCCAGUUCCUUCAGUGGAAUCGGAAUUGGGGAACCGAUUUUAAAAAGGAACUGGAAUUGAAAAGCAGACAUUGACCCAACCCUGGCUUCAGUCUCCCUCCCAAUACAGCUGCAUCGCAGUGUUCAGAUGCUGAUUCUGUAGCGCAUCGCAGGCACAGCAUUGAGGACCACAGACCUAUAGGAAGGCUGCUACCUGAUAAGCUGUCUGCAGUGCAGUGCAUGGUACCCCCACCUAAGCCCGUGGCCAGGUGUCUUCUGACCCUGUACAUAAAAGCAUGGUCAUGUUCAUUUUAGCACGAUUUCUGGAAGCGAUAGGCCUUUUUAUGCUUUUUUUGCCAGAUGUUCAGUUGACCAGAUUCAUAGCUUGCAUUGUCUGUAAGUAUUGGCAUGUAACUUCCCCCCUGUACUCUCUAAAUGUAAAAGUAUCUUUUUUUCUGGUAUUCAUGCUAAUAAGGCCCUAUCGCUCCUUCAGGGUACUGUAUUUAGACUGGGACUUAUUGUAAAUGUGUUUGUGUUUUUAAAAUUACCUAGCUGCUUUCUUUACCUGCCAAAAUAAGUAAAUUGAUGUAGUGUUAUUCCGGUCCACUAGGUGGAGCUGUAGUGCUUGAUGGUUUUUUUUUGUUUUUUUUUUGUUUUUUGUUUUGUUUUUUUUAAGCAUUUUGAUUUGAAGCACGCCAUGCUAUAUAUGGAGGGAUAUUGAGACUUGUUCGAUUGGGAUUUUGAUUUGGCGCACAUAGCCCUCUGAUGGCAAAAUGUUGCAAUUGCAGCCAGUAAUCUGGCCAUCUCAGAGAAUGUACCACAGAUACAGAAGUGACUCCAGACCCCAAACGUGUGCUGUUAUUUGGGUAUAUUCAAAUUCAGCCACAGUGGCAGGGUUUGAACCUUUGUUCAUUAGUAGCACAUAUAAAUAAUACAGCCUAAAUAAAUCAAAACGUACAUCUUAAAAUACUGUAGAAACCGAGUGUUUGGCUAAGGGCUGUGUUUUGCAGAGUGAUUUUUUUAAAAAAACGUAUUUAUUAUUUAUCAUUUUUAAUUCUAAACAACGGUUUUAGGACAGAGAUUUACUUCACAAAUUUAAGCUUAAAUAGUUUUGAUUUUGUGGGUCAAACAGUAAUUUUAAAAUACGACAAAUCAAACUGACAAUAUCACGAUUGAAACCUUUUAAUAUGAUCGCCCAGUAGUUUAUGUUGUUGUGUCUCGUAUUAUUCAAAACUGCUGCUGUGUAACUGUAGUCAAUGAGACCUCCUUUAGAGGUGCAGUUAGUUAACCUGGUACUGUACACACGCCAGAGUAGAUCGGCGCACGGCGCGUCUAUUCAAUGUCACAGCUAGGCAGGGAAAAGAGAAAUCACAUGGAGCCAGGUCCUUCAGGAUGCUCCCGCUCAGUGUCUUUCUAAACGCUAUGUGCAUUGAUACAGAGCAGUCCUGUUUCCCUGCCCUUCGCUCGGUGGUUUCAGGUCUCAGAGAAAUCACAUGGAGCCAGGUCCUUCAGGAUGCUUCCGCUCAGUGUCUUUCUAAACGCUAUGUGCAUUGAUACAGAGCAGUCCUGUUUCCCUGCCCUUCGCUCGGUGGUUUCAGGUCUCAGAGAAAUCACAUGGAGCCAGGUCCUUCAGGAUGCUUCCGCUCAGUGUCUUUCUAAACGCUAUGUGCAUUGAUACAGAGCAGUCCUGUUUCCCUGCCCUUCGCUCGGUGGUUUCAGGUCUCAGUCGCACACCUCCAUCUCACGAUAGGCAAUGUCGAUCAACAGAUUUGACCUCCUCCUCCUGUAUGCAAACAUGUAAAUACUGUUGUAAAAUAUUAAACCUUUUUUUGGUGAUGCUAACA